GAACCGCUUGGAGCCAUGAGGGUGAUACUGCUGGCUGUGGUUUACAUUCCGUUCACCGUGGCCGUGGAACGAAUCCCCCUCAUUAGAUUCAAAUCUAUCAAGAAACAGCUGAAGGAAAAGGGAGAAUUAGAGGAAUUUUGGAGGAAUCACCACCCUGACGUUUUUGCCAGGAGGUACCUGCAUUGCUUCCCUGCAGAUAUUGCUUUAUCAGCAGGAACCACUUCAGAAAGGCUGUAUGAUUACAUGAAUGCACAGUACUACGGAGUUGUGAGCGUCGGCACGCCGCCCCAGAGGUUCACCGUCGUCUUCGACACCGGCUCCUCCAAUUUUUGGGUCCCUUCCGCUUAUUGCAUCAGCGAAGCAUGCAGGGUGCACCAGAAAUUUAAGUCCUUUCUGUCGGAUUCGUAUGAGCACGGAGGGGAAGCCUUCUCCUUGCAGUACGGCACGGGACAGCUUCUGGGCAUUGCUGGCAAAGACACGCUGCAGAUAAGUAACAUCUCCAUCAAGGGACAGGACUUUGGCGAGUCGGUGUUUGAGCCAGGAAUAACCUUUGCCCUUGCCCACUUUGAUGGCGUGCUGGGCUUGGGCUACCCCUCCUUAGCAGUGGGCAAUGCUCUGCCCGUGUUUGACAGCAUCAUGAACCAGCAGCUGGUAGAGGAGCCGGUCUUCUCUUUCUAUCUGAAAAGAGGAGAUGACACCGAGAAUGGUGGUGAGUUGAUUCUGGGGGGGAUAGACGAUUCUCUCUACAAAGGUUCAAUCCACUGGGUCCCGGUCACCGAGAAAAGCUACUGGCAAAUACACCUGAACAAUAUAAAGAUCCAGGGUCGGGUGGCAUUUUGCUCCCAUGGCUGCGAAGCCAUCGUUGACUCGGGCACUUCUCUUAUCACCGGCCCCUCUUCACAAAUCAGGCGAUUACAGGAGUAUAUUGGGGCAAGUCCGUCGCAUACCGGAGAGUUUCUCGUAGACUGCAGAAGACUCUCCAGCUUGCCUCACCUGAGCUUCACCAUCGGACACCACGAGUACAAGCUGACAGCAGAGCAAUACAUCGUAAAGGAGUCUAUUGAAGACCAAACCUUCUGCAUGAGCGGCUUUCAGUCUCUCGAUAUCACCACUCACACCGGCCCGCUCUGGAUUUUAGGAGAUGUCUUUAUGUCUGCUUUUUACUGCAUUUUUGACCGUGGGAAUGACAGAGUGGGAUUUGCAAAAGCUGUUCAUAGGAAGGAUUACUACUGAGUUGUAAUAGCAUUUAUUCUGCCUUAACCCAAAUGUUAAUGUAAUGAUCUUCAACGCAUAUGUGAAGACAGGCUUUAACUGAAACUCUGGACCUAAAUGCAGUCGUGUUGUCCCCCUCCAGGUUGUAAGGGCUUUGGGGUGAUCCUUGUCCCAAAUUAUAUAGUUUGGUUCAAUCUCUGUAUGUUUACAACUGAGAAACAAUUUUUUCCUGAACAACUGAUGGACGCCACAGCUCUCAGGAUGAAGUGAAAACAGCUCAGCACUCAGAUUUGCAAAAAAGCAGGAAGGAUAAAAAUGCUGAACAGUGCCAGGCUGACAAGAUAGCACUUACAAGUGGGGGAAACUAAUCCCUGUCUGAUCUGGGUAUCCUUUUUUCUUCUUGUGUGCUAGCUUCCACUUCAUUUCCUACUGAAUUCCUUUUCCUCAUUUUUUUCCACGGUUGGGAUUUGUCGAACCUGGCUUCCUUAGUGCCGUGUAAAUUCUCUUUAUAUGGGCUUGCUCCAACCAGUUUAUAUAAAGAAGAAUUCGACCUAUGCCCGUGUGACCGCUACGCUUUCCACUACUGUCCCUUGCACGCAAUUCCCUGCUCCUUACACCAUCUCUCAAACCUGCUUUCUCCCUUGGGUUCAUUCUCACCUGACACUUUUUUCCUCUUUUGGGUCUUGGUGUUUAAUGUCCAUGUCUUAGGUCAGACACUGCUUUUAGCAUCUGACACCUCUGCCCGUCGGCCGUGCGGGCAGCUGGGAGCAGCGUCUGUUUGCAUUACAAAACCCAGACCGCAACCCCAUGCAAAGGGAGCUGCAAAGGGAUACCGCAGCGUCCUUCCACCUCACGUGAGUUAUGAGACCAACACACCAGCACUAAACAUCUACCGCCGCUUGCUCAGCCGCUUCUUGCCAGCAACGGCAGCAGCUUCAGCGCCGGCAGAGAAAGAGCCACGGGUCGCUGCGCUGAUUUGGCAAAAGAAGAUUCACCUAAAUUAUACUCGUUAGAGUAUUCGGUUUGCUAAAGCUGUCACUGCCCCCCGUACGUGGGAAUAAAACCGAACCAAGCAAAACCUGCUUUGGGCUCA